AUGGCGAUAAUGCCCGAGAUUCGUCAAUACCCCACGAUUGCUCGGCGAGAUACGUUUGCACAGCUUCCCGCGGAGUACUCCGCAGAUGCGCAAGACCAGAUCACUCAAAUUCUGACCACCUCUUCAAUCAAUCGCCUCGUUGUGCUCGAUGACGAUCCAACUGGAACUCAAACCUGUCAUGACAUAUCCGUACUCGCUGUAUGGGACAUUUCCACCCUGACAGCCGAGUUUCAGACCGAUUCGCGCGGCUUCUUCAUCCUGACCAAUUCUCGCGCACUUCCACCGGCAGAAGCCAAGAUCCUUAUUCGAACAAUAUGCGAAAACGUCAAGGCGGCGGCCAAGCAAACUGGCCAUGGAGUCACCAUAGUACUACGCGGGGAUAGCACACUGCGCGGGCACUUCCCUCUUGAGCCAGAUGUUGCGCAGUCAGUCUUUGGGCCUGCAGAUGGACUUAUUCUGGCGCCGUUCUUUUUCCAAGGUGGUCGCUUCACGAUAGAUGAUGUUCAUUACGUCGCGGAGGGGGAUGACCUCGUACCGGCGGGCUCGACACCGUUUGCGCAGGAUGCCACUUUCGGCUAUAAGAGCUCAAACCUACGCGAUUAUAUUCAGGAGAAAGCCCCCGGAAAGUGGCGUGAGGAACAGAUUCAUUCGAUCACUUUCAAAGACAUUCGUCUCGGCGGCCCCCAGAAUGUCUGCGAGAAAUUGCUUCAAAUGCCAGCCAACGGUGCGGUUAUUGUCAAUGCCGCCGCCGAGUCUGAUAUGCAUGUAUUUGUGGCGGGGCUAUUACUCGCCGAGGCAAAGGGGAAGCAUUAUAUCUACCGGACUGGGGCAGCGUUUGUAUCGACUCGUCUCGGAAUUCGCUCCAAAGCUCCCAUCUCAGCCUCAGAGCUUCGAUUGCCCUCUCCGCGUCAGACCGGCGGCCUCAUUCUGGCGGGAUCCUACGUCCCCAAGACGACAGCUCAACUGAAGUAUCUCACUGAGCGCCUUGGUUCCACGGGGAAACUCGCCAUCAUCGAAAUUCAGGUCGACGACCUGAUCUCUUCACCGGAAAGUGCGUCCAAGACUGUAAAUGAGGUCGUCAAGCAGACGCAAGAAUAUCUUCAGUCGGGGCAAGACACACUUGUCAUGACCAGUCGCAAAUUGAUCACCGGCUCGGAUGAGCUUUCUUCACUGAAGAUUGGCUCGGUCGUUGCAGAGGCACUGGUCAAGGUUUUGCAAAGCAUAGAGGUGCGGCCACGAUACAUCAUUGCAAAGGGUGGAAUUACGUCUUCCGACGCCGCGACGAAAGGUCUGAAUUUCAAGCGUGCUACCAUCGUUGGACAAGCUGCGCCUGGUGUACCGCUCUGGCGAUGCGACGAGCCUACAUCGCGCCAUCGCGGAGCUCCCUUUGUAGUAUUCCCGGGCAAUGUUGGUGGUGAAUCCACACUUUGCGAGCUGGUAGAAAAGUGGUAUUAG